AGACUCAAUAAAAACAUCUUGUGCUCACAUGGAUCUCGGCUCGGGAUGGAUGGCAGGCUCGCUCGAGCUCGGCUCACUGACAGCCCCUCCCGCUCACGGUUCAUCUCCUUCCUCUGUUUCUGUUUCUGUUUCUUAGACCUUUCCCUUCCCUCGGAUUCUCUCCUCCCUCGCUCUUGCUUCCCUGGCGGCGACGACUGGGCGAGCGGCAGCUCCAUUUGUCACGUCUUCGCCCAGCCCUUUGCCGGCGACGAGCGCAUCCUCCAGGAAUGGCCGGUCAAAGCUCCGACUCCCAACCCACUGAUGCAUUUGAGUACAUGCUGCUUGAGAAGGACCCUGAUCUCUACCGGAUGGUCUUCUCUGGUCCAAGCCAGAUAAGCCCGUGGAUUGACCCAAGCGUGCUGAAGCUGAAGCACCGGAUUGGGAGAGGCCCAUUUGGGGAUGUCUGGAUAGCAACUCACCAUCAGAAGACGGAGGAUUAUGAACGGUACCAUGAGGUCGCGGUGAAGAUGCUGCAUCCAAUUAAAGAGGACCAGCUGCAGCUCUUCUCAGCAAGGUUUGAUGAAAUCUUCAGCAAAUGCCAGGGUCUCGACAAUGUUUGUUUCCUGCAUGGCAUCUCCACGCAGAAUGGAAGGAUUUGUAUAGCAAUGAAAUUUUAUGAAGGAUCUGUUGGAGACAAGAUGGCACGUCUUAAAGGCGGAAGGCUCUCUUUGUCAGAUGUUUUAAGAUAUGGGGCUGAUUUGGCACGUGGAAUAUUAGAUCUACACAACAGGGGAAUAAUGAUCCUAAAUCUUAAACCUUGCAAUUUUCUCAUAGAUGAACAUGAUCAUGCUGUGCUUGGGGAUUUUGGAAUCCCAUCCCUGCUGUUCGGACUUUCGCUGCCUCAUCCUGACCUUAUCCAAAGGCUUGGGACUCCAAAUUACAUGGCUCCAGAACAAUGGCAACCAAACAUCAGAGGUCCGAUUAGUUAUGAGACUGAUUCAUGGGGUUUUGCCUGCAGCAUCCUUGAGAUGUUGAGUGGCAUUCAGCCAUGGCGUGGAAAAUCACCAGAUGAGAUUUAUCAGUUGGUUGUCCUGAAGAAAGAAAAACCAAUAUUCCCAUACAGUCUGCCUCCAGGCGUUGAAUCUGUGCUUUCUGGAUGCUUUGAGUAUGACUUUAGAAACCGUCCCUCGAUGAAAGAUAUUUUGCAUGCAUUUGAGAGUGCUAAAGAUGCAGAUCAUGACACCACUGGCUGGGACAAUUCUGAAAAUGUAACAGUGGACAGGCCGACCAUGGCAAAUCACACAAAUUGGUUGCUAUUCAAAGACAAGCUGCAAGUGGGAGACAAGGUCCGCUCAAGAAAGCUUAAAAGCUCCUGUAGUCCUGAAACUAUGGAAAUCCCUGAUGGAACCAUAGUUGGCAUGGAGGAUGAUGGGGAACGUGAUGGUUUCAUUCUUGUACGAGUCCAUGGGUUACACGGCCCUUUGAAGGUUCGCUGCUCAGCUGUCGAGAGGGUAACAUAUGGUUUUGCUGCUGGAGACUGGGUACGCCUGAGGGAGGAGGACAAGAAGCGUUCUCAGGUUGGUAUUCUUCAUAGCAUUGACCGUGACGGUACAGUGACUGUUGGUCUGAUAGGAAUGGACAACCUUUGGAAAGGUAAUUAUUCAGAUCUCCAAAUGGCUGAAGCCUACUGUGUAGGGCAGUUUGUGAGGCUGAAAGCCAACAUUUCAAGCCCAAGGUUCGAAUGGCAGCGAAAGAGGGGUGGAGGAUUAGCUACCGGCCGAAUUACACAUGUAUAUCCGAAUGGGUGUCUUCUUGUGAAAUUCCCAGGCAAAUUUAGCCUUGGUGAAGUAUGCAUUUGCUUGGCAGAUCCCUCUGAGGUUGAGGUGGUGAGCUUUGACAAAUGUGAGGGACUUGUGAAGAAGUAUGAGCAUCUGGAAGACUUUCAUUGGGCAGUGAGGCCCCUGUUCAUUGCUAUUGGUUUCUUCACUGCUCUCAAGCUGGGUGUGUUUGUUGGGAAGGGCAUUGUGAGGCCAAGGAGUCGGAAGGUUGCGAGCAUCUCUGAUCAGGGUGAUGAUUACCAGCAACAGCAAGUAGUGCAAAACAAUGCCAAUGCGGCAUGGCUUCCUCCACCAGUUGCAAACAUGCUUUUUGGAGAUGGUGUUGCAUCUUCUGGAUAA